AUGGAGGGACGAUUUGAGGAAAUACACUCAACUAAAGGAUCUUUUAAGCCAAUAUUCAUUUCAGUUGGUCACUACACCGCUUGGCCCGAACUUUUCAAGAUCCACUGUAAAUCGUACAAUGUUUACGAUCAUCUUCUUCCCAAGGACACUUCUUCUUCUUCCUCCUCUGAUAAAGACAAAGAUAAAGAAAAACCGGCGUCAACGGCUUCGUGGGAACGUCUAGACUCUAUUGUUCUACAAUGGAUCUAUGGAACGGUUUCCACCGAUCUCCUUCAUACUAUCCUUAAACCCAACACCAAUGCCUAUGUGACGUGGACGACCCUCACUAACAUCUUUCAGGAUAAUAAAGCUACCCGAAUUAUUGAUUUGAAUAAUAAGUUCGCCAACACCAGACUUGACCAGUUUCCUUCCAUGACUGCCUAUUGUCAAGCUCUCAAAGUUAUCUACGACCAACUCACUAACGUUGGCUCUCCCAUCACCGAAGAACAGUUGGUGCUUCAGCUCCUAAUGGGUCUCACGGAACAAUACGAAGGCACGGCAACUAUAAUUCAACAAACCAGUCCCCUCCCAGACUUCUACGAGACAUGCUCUCGUCUCUGCAUGGCUGAAUCUCGCAAGGUCAAUCAAGCCCGCAACGCGGCACAAGCCGCGGGAACUGCUUUAGUUGCUACAUCCGAUGGUCGCACCGAUACACCCCGCGACCAACCAUGGUAUGAUUCUUCUCGCUCCUCGGACACUUCUCGGGACACCACUCGCGGACGUGGCUGUGGCCGCGGAAGAGGCCGCGGCAACACCAACAGAGGUCGUGGACACACCUCCGGCUCCAACAAUUUCUCACAGGCAUAUCCACAGUGGCCCUUUCCUUAUGCCUCAUGGGCCGACCCACAAGCCACUUCGUUGUAG